AUGCAAAACAAGGAGCCAAUGAUCACCGUCGAUCCGGCGACGAUCACUUUCCCAGCGUCCGGAGGCAACUCCACCCACCAGAUCGUGUCCGUCUACGACUCGAGAAUCUCGUUCAAGGUUCUUUCAUUUCAUUGUCGCUCUUUGCUUGUUUGCUCAUCAACUCAUUUCAGGUGAAAUCAUCAAACAACGAAAAUUACCGCGUUCGUCCCGUUUACGGAUUCAUCGAGGCGAAGCAGAAGGCGAAACUGGAGAUCGUUCGUCUCGAAGGGCCCGCGAAGGACGACAAAAUCGUCGUGAUCUGUGCGGAAGUGCCGCCGGAAGAGAUCGAACCGCAGGCGCCGUUCCGAGGCGGAUUCCAUCAGGGAGAGUUCACGAUUCAGAUCAAGGCCACUUAG